CGAUAAAAAAAAUCUGAUGAGGGGGAAGCGACGCGCUAACGUCAACGGUUAACGUUAGCAUGUGUUUACAACUUUAACUUACGUAAAACAAUACCUAUCUAAGAUAAUUAUUGAAGCAUGACACCUUCAAAUAACAGUAAAUGAGACGAAAUAUGCCAACUUGAGCUAGCUAGUCUGCCUCUAAAAUGAUUUUGAGAUGUGUCGUGAUGAAUCGCAUUUCCUAGCGAGCUACAGUGUUGGCUAGCUAACGUUAGUAGAAAAAUCAAUAUAAUGGUAAUUUUGUGAGGUUAGCCAACUGCAUUUUUAACAGUAUACAGUAAUUGUGCAUUUCGCAUGUGUUUCUAAAACCGUAUAUUGAUCAUCUAUUCACGUGUAGGUGGUGUUCUGGCUAUCAGAGCCAGCCUACCUCUGAAAAUAACACAAGGUCCUUAGGCUAACUGUAACGUUCGGCUCCUUAAGAGUACAUCUCGGGUUAGGACAGGGUCUGAAGUGCAUCUAUAACAGGAGAAGCUUCCCAGGGUGGUGCGACAGGCUCCAGGUCAUCAGACUGGGCCCAGAGGAAUUGCGCGUGCCCAAUUUGACUGAAGCGUGGAGCAAGUUACUCAAAGGCUUUUUUUCAUAUUUUCAUUAAGAAACUGACAAAACACACCGGUGCAAGAUCAAGUUGACUUACAAAGAGCAAGAGAGGAUGUGCGGUGAUGUAGUGUCCACAACUAAAGAGUCAUAGUGGAAUCUGAGAAGACACGCCUCCCGAAACAUGAUGGUGUACUACAUGCUAACAGAAAGGAACGAGGAAACAUUCUAGAAGAGUUCCUGAUCCUGGUAUCUGUUUAGCCCCAGCUAUUUGACCACUGUAUCAGGGGCAAUGGAGAGGCCUAUCCAGCCUCUGAAGACAAUAUUUCAUAGGCUAAGUAGUGCAAAACCAAGAGGAGAUAAUAAGAGUUUUGAGCACUUGAGACCGCUCUCUGUUUAUUCUAGAAUGAUAACUUGUGAAAACGGUAGGGUUAGUCCUAGCGGCACUAACCAGUCAUGGAAUUCAUCCAAUCCAUUCUGCAACUUGAAAAUAGAGAUUGUGAACAACAAUGCCCCUACAAGACACAAGAGACGAUUGGAUGACUCCUACCUUGAUGACACGUACGAGACUACAUACAAAAAGCCCUGCAGUUCUAAGGCCAUCUCCCCAGACCUGGCUUGUGUUGUAGUUUCAUGCAGCAUCCUUACAAAUGUAGCCACUGUCUCCCCUACCACUGACCUCCAAAAAGUGCCAUCUAGUGUUGAAAAUACAGUCAAAGAUAAAGGUACAUCCGAAGCUGUGAUAUGUGUGCCAAACUCAGGAGAGGCUGGAAGUAGACCGGGUGGUGCUGCAGCCCCAGGCGGCCCCGUAUCAAACGAGUCUGAGGCCUGGUUUGAGACCCUGAGCCAUGAGCCUGAGAAAGUCUCGAUGGACCUUGGUCCUGUUUUUGACGUUGACGACAUCAUGUGCCUGAGCCCCAUUGACAGCGACAGGGGGAGCGAUGAGGGCAUUGAAGCCUUUGUCGAUAGCUGUAACAGUUUUUACGACGACUGCACCCGUAACCCCAGUGACGGCGACACCCAGCAAACUAAGCCUUUCUUAGCUCAUAGUUCAACACAGAACCAUGUUUCAAGGGAGGGAUAUGACGUAGGAGAGCGGGAGGAGGGGAAAGGAGAGAAGAUGGUGGGAGAAGGAGAAAGGGGAAAAGAGGGCAAUGAGGAGAUAAACCAUCAGGAGGAAGAGGAGGUUGUGAGCAUUGAGGGUUUUUUUUCCAGGUCCUACCUUGCGGCACUUAAAGCAGGAAAGGACGUGUCUCAGGCUGUGCCACCCCUGCAGCCCCGCAUCUCGUCCAGCCCUUUGUUUAUGGGGAGGGAGGUGAUGCAGGUGGCUGUGUCAGAUGAUGGGGAGCCUCCAUGUCCUCCAGGGUUCCCUGAUCCCAAUGGGGGCCAGGCUAUGGUUUGCCAGCCGCACUACUCUUUCCCUUCGGAGGAUGUACCUUAUGGGUUAUAUGGGGCACCUCUGGACCCAGUGGAGGGUGCAGAUGAGGGCUUGGAGGGUACGGCAGGGGACGAUUGGAGUAUCGGUGCCCCGAUACUGGAGUCCUCAUUGUGUCACGUUGCCCCAGUGGAGUUCAAUGCGGGUUGUGAGGGAAAUGUGGUGGAGGGGGGGGGAGGUGUGCUUGAUUCAGUUCAGGAGUGCCAGGUCACACUCCUGGCCGAAGAGGUAACCGUGGAGCCCAGCUACGAGAACGCCUUUCCUCUCCAAGUCCAGGUGAGGUCAGUAUUGGUGGUUCCCAGCGUGCAACAGAGCAGCAGCAGCCAACCCUCAACGGCGCCUGAGCAGAAAGUGUCUGAGACCAGGUCUGUGCAGAAACCUUCUCUGGAGAAGAAUGUUGUCAAGACGACAACAAGACCUGUCCAGAAACCUUCACCUGGACAGAACAUUAUCAAGAACACAAUUGUCCAUAAACCUUUGCUUGGGCAGAAAGUGACAAAGCUAAAACCUGUCCAGGCAGCUUCAACUUCGUCUGCCCAGAAAGUGGUCAAUACAAGACCUGUCCAGAAAACUGCACCAAGGCCAAAGGUCUAUGACAGGGAGGAGGACUGGCAGCGUGAGAAGUGGCUCUAUGUGGACUCAGUCACCAGACACAUAAGGGAGAACAUUGGUGCAGGAGAAGGGGUGAUGACUGAGCUGCUGAACCUGAUGAACCAUGUGGCCGAUCAGAGACCAGGCACCAACGGCAGGCAGUGGCAGCACCCCUCGGAUCUCACCCGCAGAAAUUACCAAAGACGAUUUGGAAAUGACAGAACAAAUUACACUCUGGACGAAUGGCAGAACCAGAACUACAGGAACCACCAGCGCUUUGCCAAUCUCCCACAGAUCUUUGAGAGAAGUCCAGUUCUGUAAAUCCAAGCAACAAAGCAUUUUACCAGAGGAAUGUAUAGGGCAGUACACUUUUAAAUUUGGCAAAUGACAUCACUCAGGUCAUUAGGUGUCUAAGAUUUGAGCUUAUAUUGUAAGCCUAGAACCACGGUUAAAACUUGAAUUAAUCCUUUACUUCUUCUCAGCUUUUAACAAUGUCUUUCACUUAUUGUUUUUUGUUUGAAAUUAAUUAAUUUAUCCUCGCUCAAGAUUUGUAUGUUUAUUGUUAGUGUCUUGAAGCCCAGAGAUUCUUUUUUUUUUUUCAAUUUGUUCGAUCUGAGACAGUAAUAUUGUGGCUUUUAGUGUGAUUAAUCUAUUUUCUUGUUGUACUUGAAUUUAAAUUAUGUUCCUUUCAGCUUACCAUCCAGUAUAAUCAUAACAUUGAUGACAGAAAAGGAACAAAAAUAACGUAAUAGCCAAUCGUUGUGCCUGCCUAUCUCCUGUCUGCACUUAUUUCCUUUUGUACUGUUACUCCUAGUUUGUGCUAGGCACCUUGUUUGCACAGGCUUUUUUAAAAUGUUUUAAAGAACUCCUUUUUGAAUAUUGUGCACAUUUCCCUGGCUAAACUCUUAUUUGUGUAGUUGAAUGUCUUUCCCCAUACAUGUUGCAUUCUUGCUGUUGAAGUACAAACAAAUCAUCCAACACUUUGUUAGUACUUGGUUCUGAUUAGCCCCUUGGAUCAGUUGGAACACUUUGAAGGGACAAUCAAAUCAUAACUGAUCUACACCAUUUCCAAGGUGUGGUGCCAUAUGUAUUGUUCCAGAUGCUGUUCAUUUACUGCCUCUGGCCUGUCAUUUGUUUAAUAGCAUAUGCCUGAGUAUUUGAGGCCAUGUUAUGGUUGCUUGACGUUUUUGUUCCAUCUUAGAUUUCUUGUGUAACAAAAUUAAGGUAGUUAGUUUGUCACAUGGAUUAGGUCAACUCUUAAUUCUCUACUUUAUCUAUAUUCUGUGCAGCGAAGCGAUAUGGAUUGGCCUUGUAUUGAUGCUUGUGUUGGAGAGACAUCUGUAAACAUAAUCUAGUGGGAAUUUGAUGAGAAACCCGAUUUGUAGGGAUCUGUUAUGUGUGGCCUAUUUUCUUUGACAUUGUGAAUCUCGGCACAUUUCUCGCACAGGUUUCUGAUUUCACAUUAAAAGCAGUUGCCUGAAACCCUGAGUGAACUUUUACAAGGAUGAAUGUCUAGCCCAGUCAGAAUACCAUAUGAGUGCACUCGAUGACUGAGGACAUAUUGCAUGUGGCUCACUGAUGCUAAUAGAAUAGAGGUUUCAUUUAUAAGAAAAAAAUAAAUGGAGCACUUUGGCAGUUUACAAUAAAGAUGAUGGAAUUGCAGUGCAGCUUACCUAUGACCAUUUUCGAUAUGAACUACCCCAUCUAAGCCUUCUUACUAAUUUACUUUAUCUUUUAGGUUCUCAUAAUCAUAUAAUACGCUAUUCAACCUCUGAUUUAAGCUUAUUGCUAACAGCUUUAAAUAACAUAUGAUUUAAUUACCUACAUGUGGAUAUGGUAGGCCAUCAUUGUAAAUAAGAAUUUGUUCUGAACUGACUUGCCUAGUUAAAUAAAUAAAACGUGGAUAUAAACACAAAGCUCAAGUUCAUCCCUCUCAAUUACCAUUGUUGGAAUCCUGGAAGAAAAUGAUUUGACAUGGUCUAUUGGUUACUGUAGUAUUUUGAAUCCAGCUGUGAGAAAAGGAGCAGAAAAUGAUUUAAUGUUAAAUCACUUAUUUUAUUAACCGUACACAAGUAAGCAUACACCAUAAUCCACAUUAUAGACAUUGUGUAACCUUGUGC